AAUUAACGGAGGUAGUAUUAUAUUCUAAUGUUGUCUAAAAUCUUUUUCAAGUGAUUAGUCAUUUUAUUAAUUUUAAAGUCAUUUGAUAUUUACAUUUAAAGUUGGUUGGCGCGUAUCCAACUAGUUUAAUUAAAGAGUAAAAGAGUAGUAUAUAAAGCCUGACCCGUUUCAUUAAGGAUCUGGUGGUAUAAAGACCCGGCCCAUUCAUAAAUAGGACGAAUCUCCCCCAUUUUAGAAUAGGACUCCAACCCUUUGAAUUGAUUAAUCGCUCUCACUGAUCGAUCGCUCCCCUAUCUCUCCUCUAUACCCGGUGGCCGGUGUCCGGUGUCCGGUGUAUUGCGAAAUUAGCCAGUUUUCUGAGGUGCAUUGUUUCUUUUAUUACAAUUUAUCAAUUGAUUUUUAAUCACUGAAGUUCAUUCUUAAUCAAUUUCUAUACCCAGUUGCUUCGCUCUUUCCCUGAGUUCUCCAUUCAAGCGCACGCCACAUUCGUCAAUCCCCCGUUGAAGCAGUUUCUGAGGUACCAAUGUCAUUUAGAAGAAACCUUCAGAGCAACGCCGUUGCACGCAUUUGGGCAUUACUGGCCUGCGGUUUUUUCGGCGGAGCUGCUUAUUAUUUGCACAAGGUUCGUGAGCAUCGGAUUGCGCAGGGCGGCUCGGAUGCUACACGAGAUGUCUUGUUGUACUUCCUGCUUGUCGUGCUUUCAGGAGUGCACCUAGUUGUGCUGUACUUUCCACUCUGGCUUAGGAGGUCUCGGAUCGCUCGGAUGGUUCCACCCCCAUUUUGUAUGGGGCUAGGCUGCACAGUUACAGCUCUGGUACCUCUAGCCUGCACUGUUGACGGCAGAUUGUCCGACGAGUCGAUGACCCGCGAUUCACUGUGGGUUACUUUGUUUUUUACGGUGGAUUUCUUCUGCCUUCAGAUGGUCGUUCUUCCUGCGUUUGAGUACAUGUUCGUUCACACGUCACUCGCGCUACUGCAGACAGUUGUGUUGAGCGUGACUCGAGUACAGGAGUGGCGACCUCUUUGGCUUUCGGUCGCCGCAUUUGGUUGCUGUUGUUUUUUGAGUCUGCAUCAUUGGCUGACGAUACCGGCUCCUGCUCGAGAUGGCCAGACGGUUAACGUUGACCUUAGGUUCGAACAGUCGUUAGCUCCUCUUGUAGCAUCCGACCUUGGACAGCCGCCUCCCCCAUCUACCUUGAUAGAGCAGGUUCUACAGUUCGUGUCAGAGCACUUUUUGUCUUUAUUCUUGAGAUUUGUGUAUGUAAUUAUAGUUGCAUUAGUAGUUCAUUUGUUUGUUAUGUCUAGGUGGUAGCAUUAGUACUAUUUGUUAUGAUAUGGAUUGAUUUAUUGUCUUGUAAUUUCUUUUACAAUAUUUUUUGCAUAGAAAGCUUUUUAGGUAAGUUUACAUAUAUGUAUAUAAUUAGUUUGUUGCCCUGCAAUACCUAGGUUGUUAAUUGAGUUUUUGUCUCAAAUGCCAAAUAUAAACACA